AUGUCUGAAAAGAUCGAAAAGAAGCCAAUCAACUUUUCCAACAUCCUCUUGGGUGCCGGUUUGAAUAUGGCUGAGGCCACCACUUUGGGCCAGCCUUUGGAGGUGGUCAAGACCACUAUGGCUGCUAACAGAAACAUUUCUCUUCUUCAAGCUACCAAGUUGGUUUGGUCCAGAGGUGGCGUGAAGGGUUUCUACCAGGGUUUGAUUCCAUGGGCUUGGAUCGAGGCUUCCACCAAGGGUGCUGUGUUGUUGUUUGUUUCUGCCGAGGCAGAGUACAGAUUCAGAACCUUGGGUCUUAACUCUUUCCUCGCAGGUAUGGGAGGUGGUAUCACUGGUGGUGUGGCCCAGGCUUACCUUACCAUGGGUUUCUGUACGUGUAUGAAGACUGUGGAGAUUACGAGAUCCAAGCAGGCUGCUGUGGCUGGUGCUCCUCAACAGUCGAGUUUCCAGGUGUUCAGGGAGAUUUUCAGAAAGGAAGGUAUCAGAGGUAUCAACAAGGGUGUCAACGCCGUUGCUAUCAGACAAAUGACCAAUUGGGGUUCUCGUUUCGGUCUCUCGAGAUUGGCCGAGGAAGGUAUCCGUUCGGUUACCAACAAGGGUAAGGACGAUAAGUUGAAUGCUGUGGAGAAGAUUGCCGCUUCCACUUUGGGUGGUGGUUUGUCUGCCUGGAACCAGCCAAUUGAGGUUAUCAGAGUUGAGAUGCAAUCCAAGACGAACGAUCCUAACAGACCAAAGAACUUGGGUGUCAUGACUACUGCCAAGUACAUUUACUCCAACAACGGUAUCAAGGGUUUGUACAGAGGUGUGGCCCCUAGAAUCGGUUUGGGUGUUUGGCAAACCGUUUUCAUGGUUGCCUUUGGUGACAUCUUUAAGAAGAUGUUGAACGCUGACGGUGGUCACUAA